AUGUCAUCGUCAUCUGAAGGGAGGUACAAUAUGUAUAGUCAAGGUAGUAGUGGAUGGACAUCAAUGAGGAAUGAAGAAUUUCAAGAAGAAGAAAUUUGGGGUAAUUUCAUCAACGAAAGACGCGAAUUUGGUUCAUAUUUCAGUAGAAAUAAAGAGUCAACACCAAAUUUUAGUCCUAGAAGGCUGCCCACUGCAUCACAAAUGAUUCCAAGAUCAAAUAAGAGUUCAAUUCACGAACCUAAAAUAACUCAACAUUCAGCUCCUGUAAACAUACCAGAUUGGUCAAAAAUUUAUGGGACAAAUUUCAAAAAAACCUCGUCGCGUGAUGAUGAAAAUGGUGGAGGACAUUAUUCGGUAAGAAAUAGUACGGAAUUUGAUGAAGAAGACGAUGAUGAUGACGACGACGACGAUGAAGGGGAAAUGAUGCCUCCACAUGAAUGGAUUGCUAAAAAACUUAAAAGAAGUAAAAUAUCUUCUUUCUCAGUGUAUGAAGGUGUUGGAAGAACUCUCAAAGGGAGAGAUUUGAGCAGGAUGAGAAAUGCAAUCUUAAGUAAAACAGGGUUCCUUGAAUAG